ACGCAACUGCCAAAAAUAGAAAAAAACAGUGGGGAAUUUGGGGGUAGAAACUACAGGAUGACUACAUUAUUUACGAUAAUAAUUAUUAAUAAAUAAUAAAAACCAGUUUGGUAAAGUUUAAGUUACUCAACACUUAUCUAAAUACCCGCAUUGCCACCCAUUAGUUCUUAAAGUUCAAUGGAAAUUAAUCAUUCGUUUAUGGGGUAAGAUGCAUGUGCAGAGAUUAGUCAUCUUCAGUUAACCAUUUACAAGGAGUUCCCAUGUAACUAGUCAGGGCAAAUGUACAUAGACACAGUCACUAGCGAGCACAAAAAUUGCACCCAUCCGGACCAAAAUGGUAUCUAUAAAAUGCAACUUGUAAUUAACUAGUAUCGCUAUGGUGUGUUUUGUGAUCAAAUGCUUUUAACAUCUUAUUAUGGGAGACGAGACUGACGAAGACGAUUUUUAUGACACCCUCUCUUUAGCAUCCUCCCAUAGUAAAAGGAAGCUAAACAAUAAUGAUUAUUUAGCAUUAUCACGAAACACCCUUUAUCAUUCAAUCGUAGAUUUAGAAGGCAGCAAGGAAAACAUGAUGGAAAUGUCUGAACUGCAGAAUCACAACGAUAAGGUCUCAGGCAAAAGUAUUACGACUUACAGUCAGUGGAGACAUAGGAAUUGGACGUGUAUGAUAGACUCCGAGCUAAAGGUUCAUUUCGUAUUGGCCUAUGAGAACAAAGACAAAAACGGUGCCUAUGAAAAACGACGAAUUUUCGAGGAGAAUUUACAAAAGGAAGGUUUAGUGUUAAAAAGGGACGAAACGCAAUGGAUACAUUUUUUAAAAAUCCACGUUCCUACAGCGGUGGCCAUCCGGUACGCCGAACUACUUAAACUUAGGAUGCCUAUAAAGGAUACAGAACCGUCUCCAAAAGGCCACUAUCUGAGCACACUGCUGAACAAUUGCUUUAAAAAGUUAAACGUUACGUUAGAUAAUGAUAAGUUCCCCCCCGAAAAGUAUCAACUUACAGCCGAGUUUCGAAAAGACCAAACCUAUUUAUUUGAUAUUGAAAACGAAAACUUCUUUCCCGACUCUGUUCGUAUAGCGGUUGCUUCGUACGUUUUACACGAUCAAAAGUUCGGACCGGAAGAUCAAAAUAUCGGAAUAAAGCAGCUUAUCGCGGAAGGCGUUUAUAAAGCAGCUUAUCCCUUGCACGAUGGCGAAAUUAACGACGAUACAAGCACCGUAACCGACUCGAAACGUAACCUACUGUACCACGAAUGGGCCUCGGUAUCAAAAUGGGUGAAAUUUCAACCGAUCGACGAAAUCAAAGACUAUUUCGGAGUGAAGUUCGCCCUCUACUUCACCUGGCUGGGAUUUUACACUCACAUGCUGAUUCCGGCUUCGGUAAUGGGCAUCGUUUGCCUGUUGUACGGCAUCGUAAGCUUGCGAAGUGACACGUUUAGCAGCGAUAUUUGCAAAGGGAACAUCACCAUGUGCCCGCUUUGUGAUAAAUACUGUGAUUAUUGGCAGUUGAAGGACACCUGCACGUACUCGAAGAUACAGCAUAUUAUCGACAAUAAUUUUACGGUCGCUUUUGCCAUUUUUAUGUCUGUGUGGGCGGCUGUCUAUUUGGAACUAUGGAAAAGGUACAGCGCCGAGGUCGGUCACAGAUGGGGUUUAACAGGUUUCGACUUAUUAGCCGAACGUCCCAGACCCGAAUAUCUAUUAAGACUAUCCAAAUCGAACGCAAAAGUGAAAGAAAACGUGAUAACGCACCUCAAAGAGCCCGUCGUACCAUUUUGGAGGGUCAGAGUGCCGAGCAUUAUAUUCAGUUUCAGUGUCGCCCUAUUUUGGGCUCUAAUAGCGUUAGCGGUUGUCGUCGGAGUGAUCAUUUAUCGGAUGUCUCUAGCUACGUCUGCCGCUUUGUUUCAAGAUAAGGCGAGCGUCAGGGUGUACGUGGUGCCGAUUACUAGCGGUUUGAUCAACUUGUUGUGCAUCGUUAUUUUGAAUAUGAUGUACGAACGGUUGGCCACUUGGUUGACGGAAAUUGAAAACCAACGCACUCAAACGGAGUUCGACGACAGUUUGGCCUUGAAAAUCUACAUUUUCCAGUUCGUCAAUUACUACUCGUGUAUCUUUUACAUAGCGUUUUUGAAAGGGAAAUACGUCGGUUAUCCGCUGAAGUAUAAUAAAGUUUUUGGAUAUAGGCAAGAAGAAUGUAAUCCGGGUGGUUGCUUAAUGGAACUGACCAUCCAACUGGCGAUAAUCAUGAUCGGAAAACAAGCGGUGACGAGCGUCUUAGAAAUGAUUUUGCCGGUCUGUUAUCGGAUGUUAACGACAUUUAUAAGUUCGAAACAAAAAGGUGGCGAGAACGAACGGAGACACCUAAUCGAAAGUAAUCAGAUGGCGUCCGAUUAUAAUUUAUACGACUUGGAUUCCAGCAGUUUGUUUUCUGAAUAUUUGGAAAUGGUUAUCCAAUAUGGGUUUGUCACCCUAUUUGUCACCGCUUUCCCAUUAGCACCGCUAUUCGCCCUUAUAAAUAACGUUCUCGAAAUGAGACUCGAUGCCAAAAAGUUCAUUAAAUACUAUAGACGACCGGUGCCUCAAAGAGUUAAAAAUAUCGGCGUCUGGUAUAACAUUUUAGCAGUUAUAGGAAGAAUCGCUAUAGUAUCGAACGCAAUGAUCAUAGCGUUUUCGUCGAACUUUAUACCCAAGCUGGUGUACAUGUUAAGAGUUAACCCGCAACAUACCGAGGAGGGAUUCUUAAAUUUUACCUUGGCCCAGUUUAAUACUAGCGAUUUUAAGCCAGAAAACGCCCCAAUAGAAAACUACGAUAACGUAACGGUAUGUCGUUACGCUGAUUUCCGGAAUUCAUACGACGAUCCGCAAAAGUACAAAAGACCCAUAGUGUUCUGGCACGUGUUGGCCGCCAGAUUGGCGUUCGUCGUGGUUUAUCAAAAUUUCGUCAGUUUCAUCGUGACCGUUAUCGAAUGGACCAUUCCUGACGUGAGCAAGAAACUUAACGACCGGAUCAAGAGGGAAGCAUUUAAAGUGAACGAGAUUAUUAUCAGUGAAACUAAUAGAGCCAAACGGGAGAAAGCGAGCUCGUUACGCAAACGAAAAAACAGGGAUUCCAUAACCUCUGGUUCAACGAUAUACCAUGACACCGCAAGCGAGUACGGUAACGGUUCGGGGGACAAUCCGAGAUUAACCACCUAUUAUGACAUGGACGAUAGUUAGUGUGCUGUGUUACGAAAUUCGAUACGGAUAUUUUAAGGGCGUAUUGUGCGAGUCAAAAUAUGUUUUGGGUGCUUUUUGGGACGCACGUUUAUUGGAUAAUGGAAAUCUUAUUUUGACUUCAACAAUACGCUCUUAAAAUGUGCUUACUUAAUUUUGUAACAGCCGGUAUAAUAUUCAUUCUUGCCGCUUUUAUAUAGCUUAACGACUUUUCAGAAUAAAAGGGACUAUUUAGGUUUUUUUUUCAAGGAAAAAAUAUCUAUGUACCUAAUCAUUAAGAAUGUUAAAUCUUUUAGAGUUUAUUGUGAAACUUCAUUUUUUAUAAUAGAUGGGGGAGAGUUGGACAAAACCCGUCGGUACCGGGCCAAAAGCUGACUGAAUUUGUGAGUAGCGAACGUUUCCUGCAGAUUGAAAUAUUCUCAAAUGACUUUAAGCUUGAUAUGCUAUUAUGUCAAUUUUUAUAAAUAUCCUUAAAUUUUUUAUUUUUAUGAAAAUAUUGCAUAAUACCCGGUUUUGUCCAAGUCUCGUGUCGAAACGGCCUUAAAAUGUGCCUUUAGAAGUACUUUUAAGUAAUGCAAAAACAACGUUUCUGGAUAUGUGUAUUUCUGCAUCCUAUAUAUAAAUAAGUCUUUUAAAACAGGUGUAUGGGGUAACCCAAUUGACAAAUCAUGGAAAAUAUGCAUUCAUGACACAAUUGUCUUCUUCUGGUGUUUAUCCUGUAAUAGACAAUAUUUAUCGUUUUGCAUUAGGUGUACAAAAUACGCUGCUUUUCUAGUUCUUACUGUUGUUAACAUUUCUGGUUGCUUUCCAAAUUGUUCUAGAACUGAUUCAUUGGUUACACAAUAUAUACAAUGAUGCCUCGAUAAUAGCACUUUUCAAGAGAGCUUCUACAAAAAAGAAGGAUUCUUAUUCGCAAAAUUAUAUUCAUUUUCAUGUUGCAUAGAGUCCUUAAGUUCUACAGCACUCGAAUAUUUCCGUAGAUGUUCUGUAGAUCUGUUGCCUUUUCUGGAGAUAAGAGGUGUACCAUCUAAUGUCUUUUGUGGAUGGUUUUCUAGUCCAACGAAAUUAGACUAGAAUUAAUCACAAAAUAAUUAGGGCAAGCAGUUUUGUGAACCUAAGAACACCUUGUACUUGACCUUAACUAAUAUAUGUAUCUCCGUUAUUUUUUUAAUAUACCGGGUGUUUCAGAACUAUGGGAUCAAACUUCUAGGGGUUGUUCAGUGCAACAGUAGAAUUCAUUUGAGUAUAGGAACCCAUGUUCGGAAAUGAGUCACUACGCCACUACGGCCCUAAGACGCGUUUAAAUUUAGAAAAAAUAUUAAUUACCUAAAUAAGAUCUGAUGCAUUUAUUUUUCCCUUUUUUAUAUGAUACCAUCGCAACAAUUGUUUAAAAUGUCUUACUCCAACCUCAAUACACCGAUUUAAUGAUUUCGGCGGACUACACUAAAAAUUUGAUCCUCGUUUUAAAUGAUUUCAAAUGCUGCUGUUAUUCGUCCAAUUAAGUGUAGCUCUGAUUCUACUGGAGUUUCGUAGAAUAAAUACUAAAUACAUGUCCCCAUAAGAAAAAAAUCGAGCGGCGUUAAAUCGGGUGACCUAGGAGGCCAAGAAACUGCUCGACCUCUGGCAAUCCAACGGUGCCCAAACCGCUGAGCCAAAUACUCGCGGACUUGUACAGCAAAGUGAGCCGGCGCUCCAUCAUGCUGAAACCACAUUUGCUGUCUAACGUUUAGCGGAAUAUUUUCAAGGAGUUAUGGGAGAAUUUCCUCUAAGAAACUUAGAUAAAUAGGUCCUGUUAACCGUUCCGGUAGGAGGUAUGGCCCAAUUAAAUAAUCAUCAUACGUUGACAGACCAACGAUUCUGAUGUUUUCUUGGAAAAAUUGCAUAAGGAUUUUCUUCGUCCCAAACAUGGCUAUUCCUACUAUUAAAAAUACCGUCUCUUGUCAAAGAGGCUUCAUCGGUCCCCAAAACAUAUCGUAAAAAAUUUGGUUGUGCAAUGAUGUGAUCCAGAAGCCAUCGACAAAAUUGAACUCUAGGAUGAUAAUCGGCUGCAGUCAUACUUUGGAGUUGUAGUACCCGCCAGACAGAAGCGUUACUCGUAUUUAUAUUCUUAGCGACAUCACGUGUGCUAUUUGAUGGUUCAUCGGCAACUCGCUGAAGCACCUCUUCUUCAAAUUCGACCGUUCUUACGGUUCGAGCAACACCAGUAUCAUGCAUCUGGGUCUUAAACAUGCCUGUCUCAGCGAGCAGCCGAUGAACCGCAAUAAACUUUUUGCAUUCAGCAUGCUGACGUUCGGGAUAACGUUCAUGAUACAACCGCGAUGCUGCUCGUGCAUUUCAGAUUGUUGCUCCGUAUGACAAAUGCAUAUCCGCCAAUUCUUGGUUGGUAAAGUUUUCCAUUAGCAAUAAAUGUUUAAAAAUUGUAAGCUAUAAAAUUUUUAAACAUGACAUUGAGAAUUGACGUUGAUAAGCGUUGAUUUUAAACAAUUGUUGUUAUGGUAUCAUGUACAAAAGGUAAAAAUAAAUGCAGCAGAUCCUAUUUAGGUAAUUAAUGUUUUUUAUAAAUUUUAACGCGUCUUAGGACCGUAGUGGUGUACGCAUUUCCGGACAUGGGUUCCUAUACUCAAAUGGAUUCUUCUGUUGCACUGAACAACCCCCGGAAGUAUGAUGCCAUAGUUAUGAAACACCCUGUAUUGGAUUGUCUCUAGGUCUAUUGUGCGUUCAGUAAUAAGCACUGAAAAUUUGUCAGUGUCAUUUCCUCAUCAUUUUCUUCCCACUUCAUUUUCCGAUGAAGUUAUUCAUAUCUUAUCCCAAAAUUGAGCAAUAAUGCAUUAACCUUUAUUUUAAGGCGAUUUUAGGCCUAAAAAUACACACAUCUAUGAAAUAUUUUGCAGAAAAAGGGUAAAUCACCAAUAAUUCAGCUGUAUUACUUAAAUAAACCGCAAGUUUAAGAUAACUGGUUUUAGCAAAGUUGAUACAAAAAAAAAACGAUAUUAUGAGAGUUACAUGUAAUUUCCGCAUUAAUGUAAUUGCGAAAGAAUGUAUGGUUGAACCAUUAUUGCAACUGCAUCAAAUUAAUAAUUUAAAUACCUACUUAUAUGUUAUUAGAUAUUAAAAAAAAAAACCAUGAUCAAAAUACUUUAAGGAUUUGUAUAUGGUAUUAUACAUAGUUUUAUGUACAUAUAUCGGUGUUCGGAUAAGGAUGAAAAGUGUCCGUAUUUCUGAAAGUACAGUUUUAGAAAAUUGACAAUUGUAUUUCCCUUUUAUGUAAUAAUUAAAUUUUAAAAAUAAUUAACAUAUUAUUUCACGGUCAGUAACAGAUCAACGAUAUUUUUUCAACGUUUUGACAUGUUCAGACGAAUUUACUUACAUUCGACUGGACGUGGUACAUGUUAUUGGAUCAAUGCAGAUCGUUGCAUCCUGAGUAAAUGUAAAAACGGACUCUGUUUUCAGUCCUAAAGUUUCUUUUUGAAAUAAUUAAAAAUACAAUAAAAUUGGCCCUAAAAAUGUAACUUUAAAUACAUGGUGAUCAUAGGGAAUCCUUUCUUGAAAAAAAUAGCAUGGCCUUUAUAAACCAGCGUAAAACAAGUAGUCUAUCUUGUAGAGAAAAAUAGUGUGUGUGAAAAAAUGCA